AUGUUGUCAAUAAUAUUAUUACUAUUUAUUUUAAUAUUACCGGAUUUCAAUGUGAGUUACGCGACAAACUCAGAUGGGAAAAAAAUCUUUUGUAUGUAUAUGAAUGGUGAAAGGAAAGGUAUCGUCAGAUUUAAAGUUGAUUUUAUUAAUGAACAUUAUUGCACUCAUAUGAUUUAUGCAUACUUGGGUAUAGAUGAUGAAGGUAAAAUUAAAUCGUUAAAACCUAAUUUCGAUUUAUCAGAGAAUUACGGAAGAAGCAAUAUUAAAAAAUUUAAUAACAAAAAACAUCACAAUAAAAGUUUAAAAACCUUGGUUGCUGUUGGUGGUUUUGAUGGCACUGAAAGUUCAAAUCGAUAUUCAGCUCUAUUUAGUAUUGCAGAAAAUCAACAACGAUUUGUUAAUAGCACAAUAGAAUUUCUAAUAAAAAAUAAUUUUGAUGGUUUGGCAUUACAUUGGAUUUAUCCAGGUGAUAGAGGUGGCAAUCCUGAUAUUGAUAAAUAUAGUUUUAUUUCAUUACUGAAAAAAUUGAAGCUAGAAUUUCUAAAAAGGAACUUUAUUCUAGUUACUAUUUGUCAUGGAUACACACAUUUAAUGGACGAUUCUUAUAUUGUUAAAGAUAUUAUGGAAAAUGUUGAUUAUGUUUAUUUAUUUUCAUAUGAUUUUUAUGGUUAUUGGAGUAAACAUAUUGGCGUGGCUAGUGCAUUAUAUACAUAUGAAAAUGAUAUUGAUUCAAGUGUUGAUGCUAUUGUCAAUAAUUGGAUUACACGUGGUGCAGCUCCUGAAAAAUUACUUAUGGGUAUACCAUUAUUUGGUAGAACAUUUACAUUAAAAUAUAAUAAUCAGACUGAUGUUGGUUCACCAUUUAUCGGAAUUGGUCAAAAGACGGAAUAUGUACAAUAUGAAGGUUUGAUGAGUUACAUGGAAUUGUGUACGAGAUUAUUAGAAAGAUCAUGGACUAUUAGAUGGGAUGAUACACAAAAAAAUCCAUAUGCAUACGAUAACAAUCAAUGGGUGUGGCUGUAGCAUUUUUAGAUGACGAUGAUUUUC